AUGGCUUCCUUGUUCCUUUUCGUAUUGCUCUUUGCACCUUUUAACCCUUUGGCGUUUGCCCAAUUCUUGCCUCCUGUACAGAAGCCUCCUGUCUAUGAACCGCCUAUAUACAAGCCUCCUAUAGAGAAGCCGCCAACCUAUGAGCCUCCGAUUUACAAGCCCCCAGUAGAAAAGCCACCCAUUUAUAAGCCUCCCAUAGAGAAGCCUCCGGUCUAUGAACCUCCAAUUUACAAGCCUCCAAUUGAAAAACCACCAAUUGACAAGCCACCAAUCUCUAAACCUCCCAUAGAGAAGCCACCAAUCUACAAGCCUCCUAUUUAUAAACCCUCAGUUUACAAACCAGAUUUACAAGCCUCGCUUAGAAAAGCCACCAAUAUACAAGCUUCCUAUUUACAAGCCCCCAGUUUACAAACCACCAAUUUACAAGCCUCCCAUAGAGAAACCACCAGUCUACAAGUCUCAUAUUUAUAA